AUGAUCAGUGGAACCAUCAAAUCCACACCCACGUAUUGGCUCCCCGCGCUCUGCAACAUUCCACCAGCCCAUCUCCGGCGAUCGGAAGCUCUCUGCAGAGAAUUUAGAAAAAUACAAAACAAUCCCCAACUCCAAAUCCAUGAAGAUAUCGCUCAACUAGGGCACAGGCUCCGCUCCAGAAAACCUCCAAUUCAAACAGCGGCAGCGCUUAUAUCCAAUAACUUCCACCUACAAGACGAAUGGGCUCAGAUGUGGUUCUACACUACCGAGAGGAACCUGGUGCUCCCUAAAUCGGAUCCGUACAGAAUGCGGUGUUUGUGCGGACUCUCUGCACAAAUGGGGCAAAUCAGAAACCAACUGCUGCGACUGUGGAAGGCGACAAACCAUCCGCCACCUAGCAUACGACGAAUGAUUCGGAAAGAGAUCGACAGUUUGCGGUUCAAGAUCACUUUGAUCAGUUGCAUUAUUCAAUUCGAUCUAUUGCCAAGCGAUUAUUUGAGAAAGUGGAACCUAAGAUGCCCCUCCAAGAUUAAUUGUCGUGUAUGUGGCAAGCGCCACCAUACUUUAGUGCAUUUUGGAAAUGCUACUACCCCCUCCCCGUCGAAUGAAGCUCCCCCUGCUCCCGGCAACCAGGAAGGGAAGGUUGCCCUGAGCGUGACCCCCUCCCAAAGAAAAUCCCCUGCUCUCCAUAUAGAGGCUUUAGUUAUUCCAUCUAUUUGUGAUAAGGUACCCUACCAGGUGAUUGAUAAGCAGAAUCUAAAGCAUCUCAGGUCCCUACCCUUGGCUGAUCCCCACUUCUGUGAACCCAACGAAAUAGACGUGCUUUUAGGGGCAGAGGUUUACGGAGAUAUUUGUUUGCCUGGAUUUAGAAAAGGACAGAACGGUGGCCCAUGCGCUUUUCGGACCAUCUUCGGAUGGGUUGUCCUAGGAAAAGUGAAUUCUUUAGAACCAUCUUCUCCAUUUAGUUUUUAUACCACUGUGAGUACUGCUGCUGAUGUUUCUUUGAAGAGAUUUUGGGAACUCGAGUCCGUCCCUUCAAAGACCUUUAUGUCUCCUGAAGACAAAUUGUGCGAGGAGAUCUUUCUCUCUACCCAUUCCCGUGCCCCUUCAGGUAGAUACGUCGUAUCCUUACCCUUUAAGGAUAAACACCCUUCACUUGGUGAAUCUUACCCUCAAGCCCUUGGGCGAUUCCAGUUGUUAGAGGCGCGUUUGGCCAAGAACCCAACUUUGCGAUUAGCCUACAACGAGUUCUUGAAAGAUUAUUGGGAACAAGGUCACAUGGCACUCGUUAGCGACCUGCCCCCCUCUCCCCAAGGUUACUACAUUCCUCAUCACGCCGUCUGGAAGCCACAUAGCGAACCCAUUAAAUUGCGUGUUGUGUUUGAUGCUUCAGCUAAAACUUCCAACGGACGGUCUCUGAACGAUCUUCUAUUUACGGGUCCCAAGCUCCAACCCGACAUUGGAGCCAUUUUGCUCAUCUUUCGACUGUACGGUGUGGUUUUCACCACCGAUAUUCGUCAGAUGUAUCGUCAAAUCCUAGUGAGUGACGCCGACCACCUCUUCCAGCGGAUUCUGUGGCGUUUUGAUCCCCGCAAAGCAGUGCGAGAGUACGUCUUGUCAACGGUGGUCUAUGGACUAAGUUGUAGCCCAUACUUGGCUAUUCGCGUGUUGCGUCAGCUUGCUAGGGACGAAGGAGCGCGUUACCCGUUAGCAGCCCGUCUCCUAGAUUGCCAAACCUACAUCGACGACAUUAUCGGAGGAACAGACUCGUUGGAGGAAGCCCGUGAGUUGAGGGAUCAAUUAGUAUCGCUGCUAAAAUUGGGUGGUUUCGAGUUGCGCAAAUGGGCGAGCAACUCCCCCGAGUUAUUGAGUUCACUCCCCGCUUCACAUCAUCAACCCGUUUCCCUAUGCGGAGACGACAAUCCCAGUUUAAAGGUGUUGGGAUUGCAGUGGUGUCCCUUACGGGAUGUGUUCUCCUACCGCAUCCAAGUAGCGGAUAGGACGUGCACAAAAAGGAAUAUUUUGUCGCAAGUAGCCCAAAUAUACGAUCCCCUAGGUUUUUUAUCCCCGGUCGUGUUGACUGCCAAAAUUCUCCUACAGAGGCUUUGGUCCCAGGGCGUCGAUUGGGAUGCACCUCCCCCCCGCGACAUAUUCGAAGAUUGGAGUUCGUUUUCGUCUCAGCUGGACAGUCUUUCUGGGCUGACAAUCCCUCGUCGGGUACUGCCUAGCAAUGGCGUCCAGGUGGAGACGCACGGAUUUUGUGACGCUUCGGAGCGCGGAUACGGUGCAGCCGUGUAUCUGCGAAGCGUCAGAGAGGGCCAUAUCUCUGUCACCCUUCUGUGUGCAAAGAAUCGGGUAGCGCCUUUGAAGCGAGUGUCGAUCCCCCGUCUGGAGUUGUGCUCCGCGUUGCUGCUCGCCCAACUCGUAGAUUUCGUCCGAUCCACUAUAGCCUCUGAGUUGACUAUCACGAGAGUAUUCGCCUGGAGUGACUCCAAAAUUGCGUUGUCUUGGAUAAAGUCCUCCCCUAAUAGAUGGAAAACUUUUGUGGCCAAUCGCGUGUCCCUCAUUCAGGACAUCAUUUCCCGUAGUUCCUGGCAUCACGUCGCCGGUUCAUCCAACCCUGCUGACUGCGCAUCCCGAGGGCUUUUCCCCGAGCAAAUAUUAAUUCACCCCUCUUGGUUCUGUGGUCCCCCCUGGUUACGUCUUCCGGUGGAAGAGUGGCCCACCUCCGACUUCACCCCCGGAGACGAUCUGGAACUGGAACGUAAACCAGUGUUGACUUGUGUGUCCACCCCUUUAGUUGACGCGCUUGGAGAACUGUUAACCCGUUUCUCGUCGUUACGAAAAAUUGAGAGGAUCCUGGCUUAUUGUGGUAGGUUUCUAAAUAAUUGUCGUACCCCCGUUCCGAAGCGAGCGCUUGAUAAUUUGUCUUUUGCGGACACGUACCGCGCCCGCACGUUGCUGACAGGAUACGUCCAACGUGAGGUGUUCGCCGGUUUGUUGAAGUGUCUUCGAAACGGUAAACUGUGCCCCAAACCUUUACGCUCCCUAUCGCCCUUUAUCGACGAGCACGGUCUCAUUCGAGUCGGUGGCAGACUCCGAGGUUCUGCGUUGUCUUUCGACGCAAAACAUCCUCUUCUACUACCUCGAGACCAUCGCUUUACCGAACUCGUGAUCGAAAAGUUCCAUAAGGAAAAUUGCCAUCCGGGCCCCCAAUCGUUGUUGUACCAGAUUUCACAACAAUUCUGGAUUUUGUCCGCCCGCAGAGCAAUUCGUCACACCCUAUCGCAGUGUUACCGAUGCUUCCGUGUCCAACCUUCUUGUGUACAGCCAUUCAUGGCUGAUUUACCCCCCGUUCGUGUAUCGCAAGUCAAGCCAUUCGCGCAUAGCGCGAAGGCGCGGCGCUAA